CCCGGCCAUGGAACUUCAGAACACGAGUGGAAGUGAUAUUGUGAGGAGCUCUAUUGAGAGUUUAUCCUUGCUACUACUACAACUACUACUACUACUACUACUAUUACUACUACUACGUGUGGAUUUAUUACCAUUGUGAAGACUAUUGCAGCAAGCUAGUCUACUAUCUACACGUGUAUUGAACUGCCUCACCGCCGCCAGCAGCCCUCCUCGUCCUCAUCAUCGUCUAUGGGCAGCGCUCUCCACAAACUCCUCUUCGCCAUGGACCGCCGUGUCAGCCCCGCCGGCAGCGUCGUCAGCACCGCCGCCAACACCAGCCCGCACGGCAGCUCCGCCAGCCUGGGCAGCGUCAGCAGCGUUGAGCCCUCGGCGCAGUCGGCCCGUGGCUCCGCUGCGUGGGAGGAGGACCUGAGCGACGAGUUCAUGGCGGCUGUGCUCAGCUUCGUCACGCACAUGGGCGGCCGCCUUGACGCGCUGGACAACGCUAGGCUUUACGACGAGUUCCGAUCCUUCACGUCCCUCGCCGCGCCCUCCUACAGCGGCGUGCAGGUGGCGUAGGCGCGCACCUGUGUCUAGGAGCACGCCUGUGUCAGGAUCAACAGGUCCUGGCUGACCCUGCCCUGCACACGCCCGGGGACGCGCUGCCCCAGUGGUCAGCGCGCGGGCCCGAUACCCUGGAGUACCCUGCUUCAAGCCCCGUCGCGUUACGCAGUGCCUGCACGCUGCCCCGGCCCAGCCCUUGUUCUGCACGCCUGGGGAGGACACGCGGCCCCCCGCUGCCUCCCCCUGGUCACCAUACCUGAAGACGCUGAAUGAUACCUGAGGCUGCCUGGGAGAGAAACCCACCUGUGCAAUGGCUCCUUCACCCGGGGGACACCUGGGGGAACACACAGACACCUACCCAAGACUUCCUUCACCCGGGGGACACCUAAGGGAAGAUAGACCUACCCAAGACUUCCUUCACCUGGGGGACACCUGAAAAGAAGAAACUCAACUGGGGACACCUGAGGGAAACAAACUCACCUAUGAAAGUUCCUUCACCCUGGGGAACACCUGUGGGAGAAGAAAACAACACCUAAGGAAGACAAAGACAUCUAUACAAGACUUCCUUUCACCUGGGGGAGCGCGUUACACCUGAGCACUGUCCCUUUCAUCUGUCCCCCCGGGGUUGUGUCUCACCCUGGGGUCACCUGGGGGAGUCCACACCUACCCAGCCUAAUUGCUUACCUGUAUACCUGUAUUUAGACGCCAUAUUGGUGUUGUAUUAUGUACCCUGUGAUAGAGAGAGAGAGAGAGAGAAAAAAAAAAAAGAGAGAGAAAGAGAGAGGAUAUCAAUUAAUCAAUCUAUUUAUUAUUUUUUUUUUUUUGUUUUGUUUUUUCAUUAUUUGUUAUUUAUGUAUUUAUUAUUCCUGUGUGUGCGUGCGUGUGUGCGUGGCGAGGGCAUGGCUGGCUGUCCCUCGCCCCCCCCCUUCCGUGUCUGUUCGUUUGUUUGUUUGUUUGUGUCCAAUAAACUUAUUUUGCACUUAA